CCAGCAGAUCCCAGACGGGUGACAGCGGCGGAAAGGAGCCCGCAGCUUCGUGACCUGCCCUUUACUUCCAUGCAAAAGAGCCUGACACAUGUGAGCUGCUUUGACACGGUAUUGCGAAAGAGCGACGCGGCACGAUCAGGUCCGAAGGGGGAGUGAGCGUCGCGUGAGAGUGAGUGUAGCGUGAGCCCGGCUCUGCUGCACGGCCAUCCGGACGCCGCUUUGGAACUUCGCCCUGCAAGCCGAAAGCCUUUCUUACAGCCUGGCUUUCGUCUUCUUGGCUGCCUGGGCGCUGUGGCCCUGGUUCUAAGCGCUUCCGGCAGUGCAGGACACCCCCUGAGGCCCACCUCUGACCUGGACAAGCAUGGGGCGGAGUCCGAACUGAGAGAAGCGUGCAAGACAAUGGGGAACGCGUACCCGGGCCAGCUGAAGCCGGCCGGCUUCGAGGAGGCCCUGCACAGCUCCAUCGAGGCCUCGCUCCGCUCCAGCAUGUCCUCCCCGCUACCAGUCUUCAGCCAGCUGUACUUGGAGCCCGAACGCUACGCCACUGCCCUGGACGAUGUCAAGCCCAAGAUGGAGAUCCCCCUCCAGUGUGCAGAGCGGCCCGACCAGGACCCGCCCAACGACCGGGUGUCUGAGAGCACGGAGAACGAGGACGACGCCGACGACGAGGACGCCUCGGACUCCAGCAGCCCCCCUCUGCCCUACCUGCAGGGCGCCGCCGCCGACGGAUGCUGCACCACCGAUGGUUUCUGUCAAGCCGGGAAAGACCUGCGCCUGGUCUCCAUGGGAACAGAGCCGACGGAGGUCCCUGCCGGAUUCUGCCUGGUCGGGGCCAAGUCGCCCAGCAUCCCCGAGCACAUCCUGGUGUGUGCGGUGGACAGGCGAUUCCUGCCUGACGACAGUGGCAAAAAUGCACUUUUAGGGUUUUUAGGCAACUGCGUCGGCUGUGGCGAGACAGGCUUCCGCUACUUCACAGAGUUCUCCAACCACAUCAACCUGAAGCUGUCCACACAGCCCAAGAAGCAGAAGCACUUAAAGUACUACCUGAUGAGGAACUCUCAGGGUGCUCUGUGCAAAGGACCCCUCAUCUGCUGGAAAGACAGCAGGACGAAACCGUCCUCCAGCAGCGCCGACUCUUCCAAACCCAGCUCCUCCUCCUCGCCCCACAGCAGCAGGGAGAACGGAGGCACGGACGGUCACAGCUCCUCCCCCUUCUCUCACUCGGAUUCUCCUCCAACGCGAACACAGCCUGCCACUACUGCUGGGCUCUUCAGGAGUCAGGAGGUGCCCAUGGAGAGCAGCAUCCCCAGACCCUCACUGCUGACUCCGCCCUUGGGGACCAAGACCCUGCCCAUAGUUCCCACUGCCCUGCGAGUGAACGGCUUCGCCACCGGGGGGCGAGCUGGCCCUCUAGGGCCAUCGCCGACCUUGCCCCUGGCUGCCCAGGCACUGGCACAUGGCCUGGGGUACCAAAUGUGCGGGCCAGGACAUCACAGCUCUGGCCUACCCGCCAUGACCUCCGGUCCACCCAAGAAGCGUCACCGAGGCUGGUACCCGAGCUCCCCUGUGCCCGUGCCAUCCAGCGCUGUGCCCAUGCCCGCAGUGUGCCCCACCGCCCGGCCGCCAGACACCCUCCUGAAUGUUGCCCCACCCCCACUGCUGUCAGGCAUCAUACAGCCCCAGCCUAUCGCCAUGGGAGACACGGUGGUCGUCCCCGACAACCUGCUGAACAACUCAGGGGUCCGGCCUGUCAUCCUCAUAGGCUAUGGUAGCUUACCAUAUUUCUAUGGCAACGUGGGUGAUAUUGUGGUGAGCCCCCUGCUGGUGAGCUGCUAUAAGUGCAGCCAGCUGACCCAGAAGACCCUGGAGAGUCUGGGAAUGUCCAACAGCCAGCUGCUCAGCGUGGAGGAUAUGGUCCUGCUCACCCUGCAGUACCUGGUUCAGCUGGGCUGGGAUGAGAUCCCCCUGCAGGAAGAGUUUGAGCAGAUCACCCUGAGGGCGAUGCUUUCGGCCCCCCCCGCGGCCCCUGUGCCGCCCUCCCAGCUGCCCUGGCUGGCUCGGUUGGCCGCCAGCGUCUCCGCCGGUGCUGUGCAGGUGCUGGUGGCCCAGCGCUCGCUGGGGGAGGGUAUCGGCGAGGCCCUGCGCUCCCUGGGGGAGGGGCCCUGCCCCCCCCGCCGACCCGACUAUGUGGCCAUCGUUUGCACCUCGGAGACACGGGGCGUCGAGUUCUGCGUGCUGGUGCUGGGAAAGUACCAAUCCCGCGCUCUGGCAGAGAGCAUGCUCACAACCAACGAGUUCCUCAAGGAGAUCAGCUAUGAGCUCAUCACUGGCAAGGUCAGCGCCUUGGCCUCCCAUUUCAAGACCACGUCCUUGGGGGACAGCCUGGACAAGCAACUGGCCCGGCUGCAGAGGAGACGGAGGGAACAUCCGACGCAGCCCCCCCAGGGGGACGAGGAUGUCUGUGUCCUCCAGCUGGAGGAGAUGGGGGGGGGGCUCGUCACCCAUCCGGACCCCAUGAGCGACACGUUCCAGAUCUACCCCUCGCAGCUGAGCGUAGCGCGGCGUCUCCUCUCCCAGGUCUGCGCCAUUGCCGACUCCAACAGCCAGGACCUGGACCUGGGCCGCUUCUGCAAAGUGGACUUCCUGGUGCUGGUCCCUCCCUCCCAGGUCUUGGUGCACCAGACCAUGCAGAGAAUCAGACAGUCAGGAGUUCUUGUGGACCUUGGCAUGGAGGACGCCACAACGGCCCACCUGAAAUCGGACAAGUACGUGGUGCGCCUGGACGCGGACGUCCACAUCAGGAUGCAGGCCUUCAUGCGGAACAUCAAACAGAACCCAUACACGCUGUUCGUGCUCAUCCACGACAACGCGCACGUCGAUCUCACCAGUGCACUGUCGGGUUCAGUGUGCCACGGGGAGUUGCAGGGCCUGGCCGACCGCGUCGUUAACUGCCAGGAAGUGCUGGAGGCCCCGAACCUGCUGGUGCUGCAGGUCAGCAGCUUCGCGUUCACCCUGCAGACCUGGCAGUCCCGGAUCAGCGCCCGCAACGAGGUGCACUGGGGCCUCCCGGAGAGCCAGGGGGAGCAGUCACCCGAAGAGCUGGUCUACUUCGGUCUGAGUGACUACAGCCGCUCUCUGCGGUGGGGCGUGGCCAGUCCCAUUCUUCGCUGCGACGAUGCCUUUGAGAAGAUGGUCAACAUCCUCCUGGAGAGACACCCCCAUCUGCACAGCAUGGUGAUCCGCAGCUACCUCCUGAUCCAACAGUACACGGAGGCCAUGAUGUCUAUGGCUGGUGCGCCGUCACUGCGCGGGCACACUACCCCCGAGACGCUGGCCAUCGUGGAGGACCUGCUGGGCGGACCGGACCGAGGCGGGCCGGACCGAGACGGGCCGGGCCGCGGCUCCAUGCUUGUGGUGCGCGUGCCCUCGCUGCAGCUGGCCAUGUUGGCCCGAGAGCGUCUGGAGGAGGCGCGCGACCGGCUCGGCCUACAGCUGCGCUUCGCCGUGGUGCUGGGGCGACCCUCAGCCGAGCUCAGCCUGCCGCCUCACUUCCUGGCUCGCCUCAGGGCUUGGAGGGGUCGUGAGAGCGAUGACUGGGUCCCACACACCUACCAGGAUCUGGAGGGACUUCCCUGCAUUGUCAUCCUGACUGGGAAGGACCCUCUGGGGGAGAGCUUCCCUAGGUCCCUGAAGUACUGCGACCUGCGGCUGAUCGACUCCAGCUACCUGACACGCACUGCGCUGGAGCAGGAGGUGGGCCUGGCCUGCUGCUAUGUGUCCCAGGGGAACCGCGAGUCGGCCGGCCCGGAAAACCCAGAUGAGCUACCAAUGGAAGUGGAGAGCCCCCAAAGCAGUACCAGCAGCACCAGCAACUCAGGCUCCACCACCGAGAACACCGUCAGCUCCUCCAGCGCCCCUGACUCCUCCCAGAAGCCCUCCAGCUCUGCCGGCUACCCCGACGCCCCCCCAGUCCCGGAGAGGGACUUCACAGAGGGAAUCAAACAGGAGUGUGACUCCCAGGGCAGUCAGCUGCCCGCUGCCAAACCGGCCCCCCUCCCUUCUUCCUCUGUGUCACCCUCCUCCACCUUUGCCUCCCCUUCCUCGUCCACGGGACCACACCCCGCCCCCCCUGCACCGUCACCUGGCUCGCCCCGUGUCGUCAUACUGUCCCGGGCCGCCCAUGGGCUCCUGGCGGGUGAGCCGCUGGGCCGCCUACACUCGUCCUCGCUGCUCCCCCAUGCUGACGUGGCCUGGACCAGCUCGCUGCGGCCCCCCCUGUCCCCUGACCUACCCGGGCCAGAACAGUCCCUAUACUACCGCCGCUGGACCAGCGCCCGACAGCACCACGCUGAUUUCAAUAACCAGGCCGCCCCUGACGCCCCUGCCCCCACGCACCCCCGGCGGUUGCUGCUCAGCGGACCCCCCCAGGUGGGGAAAACGGGCGCAUACCUGCAGUUCCUGCGCAUCCUGUCUCGCAUGCUGAUCCGCUUGCUGGAGGUGGAUGUCUAUGAUGAGGAGGAGGUGGAGACAGGUAUCUGUGAAGAGUCAGACGUCACCAGCACGAAUUGGCCCGACGUGGAAGUGUUUGAGAAACUUCCUUUUGACCUUUGCCCUCGAGACCCCAAAUUCAAGAUGACCAGUCCCGUCUACUGUGAAAACAUGCCAAAGUCUUUAUUGGAGAAGACCUCAGACAGCAAACAGGAUACUCCUGUCAAGCGUGACACAAUGUCAGUAAUGCUGACAAAAUUCGCUUCCCAUAAUGCAUUUCACCGCUGUGAGGAGUGUCAGCACUACACAGAAGUCAGCCCUGCCACCGAGGCCCUUGACUGCACUUUCCACACAUUUACCUUCUGUUCUUCCACUCUGGGGGAGGAGGUGAAUCUCCACUUUGUCAUCCCCAAGACUAAGGAGCAGUAUUUUGUGUUCAGCCCGCAUGGGGGCCACCUGGAGAGCUUGCGUCUGCCGCUCGUCUCUGACAAGGACCCAGAGCUGAUAAAAAGCCCCAUCUUCACCCCCACCACGGGACGCCAGGAACACGGCUUGCUCAACAUAUACCACACUAUGGAGGGCACCGCCCAUUUACACAUCCUGGUGAUCAAGGAGCAAGAGAUGCCUCUGUACAGGAAGUACUGGCCCAACCAUGUCUUGCUGGUGCUGCCCGCCAUGUUCAACAGCGCUGGAGUGGGCGCUGCACGUUUUAUGAUCAAAGAGCUGUCAUACCACAACUUGGAGCUCGAGCGUCAGCGGCGGCGUGAUCAGGGCCCCCAGCGGCAGGACGUGUGGCCCUUCGUGGUCAUGAUGGAUGACUCCUGUGUGCUCUGGCACUCGCACCACCCCGGAGGCCCCAGCAGUGAUGCGGCCGAGGUGACCAACAUCUCGCUGAAGGCCGUGCUGCAGCACAUGGAGGCCACGCCCAAAGUGACACUAUACGCCGCCUGUGGUAUCCGUCGCUGGUGCAGCGGCCUGGCUGCCCGGCCCCCCGCCGCCCCUUUCUCACGCUGCCACCUGCAGGACCUGCUCAUGCUCAACGUGGACCUGACACAGGACGUCCAGUACGACCAGCACCGGUACACUUGUGAGGAAGUCGACUUCAACCUGAGGGCCAACAGUAGCCGCUUGCUACUCUGCCGCUUCAACCACUUCAGCCUUAUGAAAAAACACAUCCCAACAGGAGGACAUAGGGGCAUCCUCAUCCGGCCUGAGGCUCCGACAUCAGAAGGCCCCGCCCCCACCAGCCCCGCCCCUGUGGGCCCCUCUCAGUACGUGUGCGCUCCAGACAGCGAGCACACCCGCCUGGCUGCCCCGCCUCACCUCCUGCUGGAGAGGUUCCUGCAGCUCCGGGGCCAUAAGCUCUUCCCCAAGGCUGUGCGUAACACCGGACACCCGGUGCUGUCCAUCGACAGCUACCUCAGCAUGGGCCCAGAGGUGACAGUGUGCUACGUGAGCUCCCGGCCCCACUCCCUCAACCCAGACCACACGGGGCUUUUGUUCAGCGGACUCCUGCUCUACCUCUGCGAUUCCUAUGUGGUGUCGGACCUCCUCAAGAAAUUCAGAUUUCUCAAAGGUGCCACCUUAUGCGUGAUCUGUCAGGACCGCAGUUCCCUGCGUCAGACCAUAGUGCGCCUGGAACUGGAGGACAAAUGGCAGUUCCGGCUCCGUGACGAGUUCCAGACCGCCAAUGCCUCUGAAGACCGGCCGCUGUACUUCCUGACGGGCCGCCAUAUCUGAAACCGGCCCCACAGCACCCUCGCCCUCCCGUCCUCGUGCAGAGGCCAGCGGGCCUUGUGCCAGUAAAGCAGGACGCAGCCAUCCGCGCGCUCCUCACCUUCGCUAUUGCACUACUUCUGGCAGUUGUUCGGCGGAGAGUUACCAGUCGAUCUGGGUUUUGCGAGGACCCCAAAUGCGCCCCAAACAUUGCCUGACUGCAAAUCAGGGUGUCGCCCUCAGCUAUGCACAAAAAAACAAGUCAGAGUACGAGACAGACUUUCUUUUCAUCCAGCUUUUCAGAAGCUGAACAAAAUGUUUAUUUUUGUUAUUUUAUUUUUUUCUAAAGACUCACCUUGAGUAUUAUAAACCACAGGUUUACCCUUGUGGUCCUUGAAUGUCCAGUUGACGGUACACUUUAUCUCAGGGGUUUCAAGACAAUAGUAUAUAUGGAAUUAUUUUUUAAGCCUUGAUUUUUUUUUUUAGCGUCGGGCAUUUCUGUGUCAUCGUGCACAAUGCCUUGUAACCCACUGCCCUGCCACCUACAUCGCCACCUACUGGGUAAGAGACAUAUCAGUGUAAUACAAAAUGGGUACAGACUUCAGCCGCAUUCACAUCUCUGCAGGAGAACAGGAUGUGAUGCAAUGCCUAAUGAUCCCAUAUUACUCAAAUAUUGCUGACGGUUAAGAUGGGACUGGUCACUGGACGCCCUACUGCAGUCCUCUAUCAUCAGAAGUGGGUCAAUUCACUAAUUGAACAAAGGUGGAAUAUUCCAUCACAUGGGCCUACAAAGAAGCCUGUGAGAACCCAAACUGUGCCAGUUGACUGGGAAAGGCUGGAUUCCCCACUUGCGUCAGAUCUGCCAGGGAGUCCGGUUCCGGCUUCUGUACUGUGUUUGGUACAUCAUGGCAAAACAGUAUUGACACAAAGCAGGAAAUAAAGUCAAGUGCAGUAAGGAAACAUUCCUAUUGCUAGCUGAGACUGAUGAUUGGCAGUUUGAUGGAUAUUGUAUGAUUUUUAAGAGUUUAUAAAUGCACAGGGUAGGCCAAAGACAUUUGCCUUAAUGGGGUUGUAACUCGGUCGAUUACUGUUUCCACAUCUCACUCCAAAACAAAGAGACCGUAGUUUGUGAGUCGCACUAACCAAUCAGGGAAGGAGACUGUCAUUUACUGAGAGUUUGGAGAUGUGGAAAUCAAUGGGGGAUGUAUCAGGAAUGAAAAGCAGUGUUUCAAAUUUUAAAAAGUGUAGUAUAAUAUAUUUAAUCAGCCCUGUAUAAGGAUAGGUUUUCAUGUUUUGUAAUCGAGUCACUUUUUGCUAUCAUGUUUUUCAGGUACAUUUCAGUAUUCUGACCACCAACACAAAGCGUCUACCUAGAUAUCUUUUUAACCAUUUAUGUACGUCUUGCUUCCCAGUUGUGUGUGUGUGUGUUUUUUUUUUUUUUUAUUUAAAAUGAAAAUCAAAUAAUUUGUAGAGAAAAUCUUAUUUAUUGUGUGAGCUUAUUGAAGUAAUAAUCAUGUUGUUGUUUUGUCCUUUUCUUUGAAUUUGGACCACAUCAGCUUCCCUGGGUUUCUGUAGGGUCAGUCAGACACGGAAUUUUCCGGAACUGCUGGAGUCAGUGCAGCCGGGAGAGUCAACUUGCUGUGAACAAUUGUAGUCUGGACUGCACAGGGAGCUCGACUUUGAGAAACUGCUGUUAACAGAUUCUUCCCAGCCCGAGGAGAUAAUGCAAAGUAUAAAAAUCAUGAAUGCAGUCAUUAUUAAUUAGACUCGCCCCCUUUCCAAAACAAUCAAACUACUGAGAUCGCCUUUGUCAUGCUGAUAAUCAUGUCUGGACGUGGAGGACACAUUGUUUUCGUGGAUCUUUUUUAAAUGUAGCUAUGCAUAGUGUUGUCAACACAGCGGGCUUCAGUAUUUGUAGUCCAUCUCGCCUACCUCAUACUUUCCGUUUCAAAUUUGAUGCGUCUGUGAAAAUUUUGACUGUAGAAAUCACCUAGUUUUUGGUCGGAAUUGAUGAAUGUAUUAACGUGACUGUGACAAUGUUCUGAUUGUAUUUGUUGUUGUUGUUAUAUAUAUAUAUAUAUUUUGUUUUUGACCACAACAUGACCAAAUGUUUUGCGCAAACUAGCAUAACCGGCUGAAUUCACUCUCUCUGUAUAAAGUCGAUGACACCG